AUGUCCAAUGUCAUUGUGGGAGCUCUUUACCAAGACAUUAUAGAUGGCGUCAUUAGUGAAGCCCGUCUCGACUUUGAAGACCGUGGUGUGGAUGAGGCGACUUUGCAAGAACUCAAAAAAAUUUGGCAGCAAAAGUUGUCUGCCCUUCAUGUUGCGCAAUUCCCUUGGGACUCGCCUUUACCACAAGAUGUUUUACUUACAGUUGGUGGGCCUGCGCCGCCACUAAGCUCGACAUCUUCACGCGAAAACAAGCAAGGUUCUGCGGCCGACCAGCCUAAAAUAAAGCGUGAGGACAGUGUCCCAGCAGGCGCUAAUUCAACAACCACCGCGGGCAACAAUGGCGGGCUGUUUCUGCCUGGGGGCGGGAAGAUUGCACAGACAGAUGGACCUAGUGGGGGAGUCUUUACAAUAAGUGAAGAAGGUAUUAAUAACAAGACCUCACAUUCGCGGAUAAGAGCGCUGGAUAGCUUGACGCCGAGAGAAGUGGACGGAAUAAUAGAAACUAGCAUAAGCCAAGGCAGGAUACCCGGGGGACCCUCCCAAGAGCAGGGAGGAAUGUCGUCACUGGAAAUAGAGAUACCACCUCAUUUAUUACGCCGGCUACAAAAACAACAAGUGGAUGGAGCUGGUGGAGAUGAUGAUGACGAUGAUGACAGUGAUGGGAUCAACUCUGAUUUGGAUGACUCUGAUGAUGAUGAAGGGUCAGGCCGUGAGGAUGAUGAUUCUGAGAGUUCGAUGAUGAUGCUGUGUCUAUACGAUAAGGUGCAGCGAGUCAAGAAUAAGUGGAAGUAUGUUCUUAAGGAUGGAGUGGCCAAUAUUAAUGGCCGAGACUAUGUGUUUAACAAGGCCAAUGUUGAAUCUGAAUGGUAA